AUGUCUUUAAAUAAGGAAAAGAUUAAUACCGAUUCGUCAUUAUCAGAUGCCACUAUAAUAGAUAAUAAUAAUGAAUUUCAGCCGUACAGAUUAAGUAUUAAACAAGUCGAAACACAUUUCCAAUCAAGUAUACAAAAUGGUUUGCACGCACAAGAAGUUGAAGAAUCCAGAAAGAAAAAUGGAUUAAACAACCUUGGUGAAGCUGACAAAAUAAGUUAUACUAAAAUAUUUGCACAUCAAGUUUUCAAUGCCAUGAUAUUAGUUUUGCUAAUUUCAAUGAUUAUAGCAUUAGCUAUAAAAGAUUGGAUAUCAGGAGGUGUUAUUGGAUUUGUCGUUGGGAUUAAUAUAAGUAUAGGUUUUGUUCAAGAAGUUAAAGCAGAGAAAACUAUGGGAAGUUUAAGAAAUUUAAGUUCCCCAACUGCAAGAGUUACAAGAAAUGAUGGUGAUGAUAUGACUAUUCCAGCUGAAGAAGUUGUACCAGGUGAUAUUGUUCAUAUAAAAGUUGGUGACACAGUUCCAGCAGAUUUAAGGUUAUUUGAUUCAAUGAAUUUAGAAACUGAUGAAGCAUUAUUAACUGGUGAAAGUUUACCGGUUGCAAAAGAUCAUAAUGAAGUUUAUUCAGAUUAUUCACAGCCAGUUCCAGUUGGUGAUAGAUUAAAUUUAGUUUACUCAAGUUCAAUUGUUUCAAAAGGUAGAGGUUCCGGUAUUUGUUAUAGUACUGGUUUAAACACCGAAAUUGGUAGAAUUGCACAAUCUUUGAAGAAAAAUGAUGGAAUAAUUCAAAGAGUUGAUAAAUCAAAUAAUAGAACACCAAAGAAAAGAGAAUAUGGUCAAGCUGCUGGUCAAACUAUUUUCAAUGUUAUUGGUAAUGUUUUAGGUGUUACAGUUGGUACUCCAUUACAAAGAAAAUUAUCUUGGUUAGCUAUAUUUUUAUUUUGGGUCGCUGUUGUAUUUGCAAUUGUUGUUAUGGGUGUUCAAAGAAUGAUUGUUCCUGCUGAAGUUGCGAUUUAUGCAAUUUGUGUUGCUUUAUCAAUGAUUCCAUCUGCUUUAAUUGUUGUUUUAACUAUUACAAUGGCUGUUGGUGCUACAGUUAUGGUUCAAAAAAAUGUUAUUGUUAGAAAAUUAGAUUCAUUAGAAGCUUUAGGUGGUAUUAAUGAUAUCUGUUCAGAUAAAACUGGUACAUUAACUCAAGGUAAAAUGAUUGCUAAAAAAGUUUGGGUACCAAAUUUAGGUACUUUACAAGUUCAAAAUUCAAAUGAACCUUAUAAUCCAACAGUUGGUGAUGUAAAAUUUGUUCCAUUUUCACCAUUCUUUAUUAAUGAAACUGAUGAAGAAAUUGAUUUUAAUAAACCAUAUCCUGAUCCUAUUCCAAAGCCAAUGCAUGAUUGGUUAAUGACUGCAACUUUAGCUAAUAUUGCAACUGUUUUCCAAUCAAAAGAUGACGAAACUAAUGAAUUGGUUUGGAAAGCUCAUGGUGAUGCUACUGAAAUUGCGAUCCAAGUUUUUACAACAAGAUUAAAUUAUGGUAGAGAUUCAAUUAGUUACGAACAUCUUGCCGAAUUCCCAUUUGAUUCAAGUAUUAAAAGAAUGUCAGCCAUUUAUAAGGAUAAUAAGGGCAAAACUCAAAUUUAUACAAAAGGUGCAGUUGAAAGAAUUAUAAGACUUUGUACUAAAUGGUAUGGUGAAGAAAAAGAAAAUGAAAAAUUGAUUGAUUUAACUGAAAAUGAUAUUCAUAAUAUCGAAGAAAAUAUGGCAGUAUUAUCGUCACAAGGUUUACGUGUUUUAGCAUUUGCAUCAAAAACAGCUUCAGAUGAAGAUUUAUCUAAUAGAGAAGAAGUUGAGUCAAAUUUAAUUUUCCAAGGUUUAAUUGGUAUUUAUGACCCACCAAGAGAAGAAACUGCUCAUUCUGUUAAAUUAUGUCAUAAAGCUGGUAUAAAUGUUCAUAUGUUAACUGGUGAUCAUCCAGGUACUGCGAAAGCAAUUGCUCAAGAAGUAGGUAUAUUACCUCAUAAUUUAUAUCACUAUGCAGAAGAUGUUGUCAAAGUUAUGGUCAUGACUGCAAAUGAAUUUGAUGUUUUAAGCGAUAAAGAAGUUGAUGAUUUACCUGUUUUGCCAUUAGUUAUUGCAAGAUGUUCUCCACAAACUAAAGUUAAAAUGAUUGAUGCAUUGCAUAGAAGAGGUAAAUUUGCUGCAAUGACUGGUGAUGGUGUUAAUGAUUCUCCAAGUUUGAAAAAAGCUGAUGUUGGUAUUGCUAUGGGUAUGAAUGGUUCAGAUGUUGCAAAAGAUGCUAGUGAUAUUGUUUUGACUGAUGAUAAUUUUGCUUCUAUUUUAAAUGCAAUUGAAGAAGGUAGAAGAAUGUCUGCAAAUAUUCAAAAAUUCGUUUUACAAUUAUUAGCUGAAAAUGUUGCACAAGCUUUUUAUUUAAUGAUUGGUUUGGUUUUCAUGGAUGAGUCUGGAUUUUCAGUAUUUCCAUUAUCACCAGUUGAAGUCUUAUGGAUCUUGGUUAUUACUUCAUGUUUCCCAGCUAUGGGUUUAGGUCAGGAAAAAGCAAGUGAAGAUAUCUUAGAAAAACCACCAAAUAAUUCUAUUUUUACUUGGGAAGUUAUUAUAGAUAUGAUUGCAUAUGGUUUCUGGAUGGCAUGUACAUGUUUAUUAUGCUUUGUUAUCGUUGUUUAUGGUCAUGGAAAUGGUUAUUUUGGUGAAAAUUGUAAUUCUAUGAAUGCUGAUGUUGAAGUUUGUGAUUUAGUAUUUAGAGCAAGAGCAGCUUCAUUCGCAAGUAUGGUUUGGCAAUGUUUGAUACUUGCUUGGGAAUGUCUUCAUCCUACUAAUUCAUUAUUUUACAUGAGACAAGAUACCGAUAAUCCAUGGUGGAAACAAACUGCUAUUGAUUUAUGGGAUAACCAAUUUUUAUUCUGGUCUGUUGUUGGUGGUACUGUUACUGUUUUCCCUUGUAUUUACAUUCCAGUUAUCAACACAAAAGUUUUCCUUCAUAAAGGAAUCUCAUGGGAAAUUGGACUUGCUGUUGGAUGUGCUUUCCUUUUCCUUUUAGGUGCUGAAUGUUGGAAGUUUAUUAAAAGAUUAGUAAUGAAAAGAAAUACAGCCAGAAAGGCAAAGAAUCCAGAAUAUGAAUUGGAAAGACAUGAUGAUCCAUUUAAACGUUAUGCUUCAUUCUCAAGAUCCGGAACUAUGGACAAAACCGAUUACAUUGUAUAA